CAAUCCCUUCCUUCAGGUUACCAACCUCGCUUUCGUCCUUUUCAUUUACAGCGACCAUCACGACGUGGUGCAGAUUCUGACAGGCGCACAGCCAAUUCCUUCUGUUGACCUGCAGCAACUACAAACUAACCAAGAUGUCAAAGAAACCCCAGUUGGGAUUUGCUGAGAACUUUGCCCUGUCAGGAGUAGCUGCUGUCAUCUCAAAGACUGCAGCCGCCCCUAUUGAAAGAAUCAAGCUCCUCGUCCAGAACCAAGAUGAGAUGAUCAAAGCUGGUCGGCUGUCUGAACCAUACAAGGGUGUGGUAGACUGCACAGUGCGUACCUUCAGAACAGAGGGUCUUCUACCAUUCUGGAGAGGUAACUUGGCCAACUGUCUGAGGUACUUCCCAACUCAGGCCCUGAAUUUCGCUUUCAAGGACACAAUCAAAGCUGCUUUCAAAUCCUCUCCCAAUGAAUCGUAUACCAUGAAGUUCACCAAGAACAUCUUCUCUGGUGGUGCCGCUGGUGCCAUGUCCCUGUGCUUUGUCUACUCUCUUGAUUACGCCCGUACUCGCUUGGCCAACGACGCCAAAUCUGCCGGCAAGGGUGGCGGUGAGCGUCAAUUCAACGGCUUGAUCGAUGUCUACAGGAAGACCCUGAAGUCCGACGGCUUUGUUGGUCUGUACAGAGGUUUUGUUAUCUCCUGUGUGGGCAUCAUCGUGUACAGAGGCUUCUACUUUGGUUUGUACGACAGCUUGAAACCCAUCCUGCUCAAGGAGGAUGCUAGCGUGGUCCUCUCCUUCUUGCUUGGCUACACCGUCACCGUGAGCUCUGGUCUGCUUUCCUACCCCAUCGACACCAUCCGUCGUCGUAUGAUGAUGACCUCCGGACAGGCUGUCAAGUACAAGGGGUCCAUGGAUUGUGCUGUCCAGAUCAUGAAGAAUGAAGGUUUCAUGUCCAUGAUGAAGGGAGCUGGUGCCAACAUCCUCAGAGGUGUUGCUGGUGCUGGUGUGUUGGCUGGCUUUGACGCAUUCAAAGAUUUGUACAUGUCAUGGCGUGUUAGUCAGUAAUGCUCUAGCACUUAGCUCUCCUCUUACUCAGACCUCACAUCAUUGAUUGUUGACAAUGAGUAAUAAUUUAUGAGAACGUUGGUUGUUUUGGUUGUUUUGUUUUUUUUUAGAUGGCCGCACUCUUCCUUGAGGUAGAGUAUAAAGUUUUGUGACCACAGUAGGUUAUUUUCAAAGUACAGUAACGUGAGAGUGGAUUAAAAAAAAUUUUUUUAGAGGGUGAGAUGAUGAAUGUACAGUUGAAGCUUUUGGGGCCAGGGUGGUUUGUAUUGAUUUCCUCCUUUACACCAUAAAUCAUUUGUCAUUUAAGACAUCUCAUUUUAUUUCGACAAAAGGCAUUUUAGUACUCACAUAAUAAAAGAAAUUCAGUUGUGUGAAUUCAGAUAACACUGAAGUAUGGUUGUCAAAAUGUUCUCUAUUCGCAAUUUUUGGUCAAUGAUUUGUUGUCAGAUAUUGUGAAUACUGUUUAAAAAAGAUUUAAGGAUUGGAAUGGAAGACUGCGCAUUUUGGAACGUGAAUAUGUACACUUUGUGAACAUUGCCUGCUGUUUAGAGCAAAAUAAAUGAUGUAACUGUUUUUCCUA